GGGGACCCCAUCGACUGUAUCGUCGAUGAAAUACCUUUUGCUGUUAUGGACACCUACUGCUGGAUCUACUCGACGUUCACUAUUCCUAACAGACUCGUGGGCCGAGUCGGCAAGGACGUUGUGCAACCGGGCGUCGCAUCGCACGUGGACGGACAAGAUGAGGUGAAAUACCACAAAUACUACCAGUGGGUGUGCUUUGUUUUGUUUUUCCAAGCGAUCCUAUUCUAUGUUCCACGUUAUCUCUGGAAGACGUGGGAAGGAGGACGCAUUAAGAUGUUAGUCCUGGAUCUCAAUUGCCCGGUUGUUGGGGAAGAUUGUAAAAAGGACCGCAAGAAACUGUUAGUAGACUAUUUCAGAACAAACUUGCAUACGCAAAAUUUCUACGCCUUCCGUUUCUUUAUCUGUGAAGUGCUGAAUUUUAUUAACGUCGUUGGACAAAUAUACUUCAUGGACUUUUUCUUGGAUGGUGAAUUUUCAACGUACGGCCGAGACGUAGUCCGCUUCACUGAAAUGGAACCAGAAGAGCGUGAAGACCCAAUGGCGAGAGUGUUUCCCAAAGUUACAAAAUGCACAUUCCACAAAUACGGUCCUUCGGGAACCGUGCAGAAGUUCGAUGGGCUGUGUGUGUUGCCCCUGAACAUCGUAAACGAGAAAAUCUACGUGUUUCUGUGGUUCUGGUUCAUCAUCUUGUCGAUUUUGAGCGGCAUCUCGCUGCUGUAUCGUGCCGCCGUGGUGGCCGGACCGCGUGUGCGUCUCUACCUGUUGCGUGCACGUAGCCGCCUCGCUCCGCAAGAUCAAGUCGAGACGGUGGCGCGGCAAUUGCAAAUCGGCGAUUGGUUCGUCUUGUAUCAACUCGGAAAAAAUAUCGAUCCGUUGAUUUACAAAGAGCUGAUGGGCGACCUAGCGGCAAAGUUCGAAGAAAACGACAAGGACACAGUGUAGUUUGAAAGAGGACAGUGGUAGUGACGUGUUAGUGGGCUAGGGCCGGGUCGCGGGCGCAGUGCGGCAACGCCGGCUCGCCGUGCUACCUGCGCGCACCGCCCGCUCGCGCCGGGAGCGGCAGCGCGUCCACAUUCCAAUACUGCUCGCGCGGGGAACGACCUCAACCGAGCCAGUCAUUAUAUUCCAGAACCGCUUUAACUCUUUAUGCUACUGAAAUUAUGUAAGAUUGUACUCCCGGCUGAUUAGACUGAUGCGUGCUACUGCACGCGUGCAUUUAGAGUUACACUUUUAGGGCAUGUUUACAAUAGUCGUAGCAUAGUUAGAUCUCGUGCCUUCGUUUUGUAUUUUGAUUAUACGUGUGUUAGUUGCGAGAGCGUUGAAGGAACGUUUCAUUGUGAUAUGUAAUUAUUAUUAUAUCUAAAUUAAGUGUUUAUCGUGACGAUGGAUGUGAGUGGAAGACGGCUUAUUCCUAAGUUUAGGUACCUAUUUAGUUAUCUAAUGUAAUAUCUUUGUUAUCGAAUUUUAUACUCGAUACGAUAUUGUAUAAAGCAAUAAUGAACUUUAGGAAAAUCAAUUGUUUGUAUUAAUGGACAACAUUGUAAUUUUUACUAAUUAAUCAUUGUCUAUAUACUUUUAUACUGACGAAAUCGAGUCGACUAUGGUUGAUAUUUUCUGAAUAUAUUUACUGCCACAUUA